AUGGGCAAAGUCAAGAAGAAAAUCAAGGACAAGUCGGCCAAGGACACCAAGGCCGAAGCAAAAAAAGCGAAAAAGGACAAGCAGAGCAAGAAGGAGGAGGCCAAGCUCAAAAAGAGCAAGGGCAAGAACAAGGACGAUGGCGACAUGGACGAGGAUGACCUUAUCAGGUGGGGCAUCUAGGAUAGAUGUAUUGAAAGCAAAGUUGUUGAUGUUUGCUCUGUGGGUACAGGACACUCGAAGAGUAUCGCGAGCGAUGGGCGGCGGAGCACACCGUAUCGGGUUAGUGCCAUCGUCUACGUGAAGCUAGUUGAGCAAGAGUAGAUCACUGAUGUUUCUGAGCUCUACUCUACACAGAGGACGUGGUUGAUGGCCCGCCCUCGCGUCGAGCGAAUGCGACGCUGACCGCUUGCCCCGUCAAGGUUUGUUCUUCGACCUCGUCUUUCGUCGCUGAUCAGCUGAUCGCCGUCAUCGCUGGCGUCAUCUCGAGACUGAGCCCAACGCUCAGCUCAGCUCACACAAGCUCAAACUUCUUCUUCUUUUACCCUGCAGGACCAUUUAUAUCUCAUCGGAGGGGAGUACUUUGACGGAUCGACGGUCGCCAUCUACCCGGAUGUGUUCCGCUACUCGCCGGACAAGAACGAAUGGCGUCGCUUCACCUCCCCCACCGCUCCCGGACCUCGUUCGGCGCACCAAGUCUGUGCCUCCCCAGCGGGCGGAGGCAAGCUGUGGCUCUUCGGCGGCGAGUUCUCGGCCCCAAACCAGUCUUCGUUCCACCACUACCGAGAUCUGUGGUGCUUCGACAUCUCGACCCAUACUUGGGAACGCUACGACACCAAACUUCGCCCCUCGGCUCGAUCGGGCCAUCGCAUGGCCAUGUGGAAGCACCUCAUGUUCCUUUUUGGUGGGUUCCAAGACACCGGCAUCCGGACCAGCUACCUCGGCGAUCUCUGGGUUUGGGACACAUUGAACUGUCGCUGGCAUCAGAUCGAGAUUGGUCAGGUCGAUCGCAAACCCGGACCUCGGAGUGGCUUUUCGUUCAUCCCCUGUCCUGAAGGGGUCAUUCUCCACGGGGGCUACACAAAGAUCUACGAGGGCAAGAGGGCGACGGGCCAGGCUUUGAACGACACCUGGUUGUUGAGGAUGCCUCCCCCGAACGAACACGGCGAAUACGACUGGAAGGCGCUCAAGUGGGAGAAGCGGAAGAAGGUCGGUUACGCCCCAACGCCUCGCUCGGGAUGCACGAUGGCGCUGUGGUCGGCCAAGAACAUGGGUGUGCUGUUUGGUGGGGUCAGUGACGAGGACAAGGACGAAGAGACGCUCGAUUCGACCUUCUACAGCGAGCUGUGAGUUCAGGAUUGCUGCUCCUGGGAGUCUUUGGCCAGAAGCUGAAUGCGGUCCGAGAUGGACUAUGAUAACAGCUUCGGCUACAACAUGGGUGGCAACGGUCGGUGGAUCUCACUGCCGCUCAAAAGGAAGAAAAAAGCCGGCGGCAAAAAGAAGAAAGCCAAGCUGUUGCAACAGCAGCAAACGCCCAAAGUGUCGAUCCCCAGCUCACCGGCUGCGAACGAUGACGGCGAAGGCCACGACGAAGGGGACGACGAGCGCAUGGAAGAAGAUGACCCAAGCGACAACGAGGACGAUACACUCAAGCCCUGGGAAGUCGCAGAGCAGAAGAAACAGGAGGCACUGAACGACAUGGACGACGAGGAUGAUCCUGACGAUCCCGAAAAGACGAUACCUGGUGCAAGGUACAAUGCGAUGCUCGCGGUGCAACGCAACACGCUCUACUUGUACGGUGGCAUUCUCGAAGCGGGUGACAAGGAGUACACGCUCGACGACUUUUUCACCCUGCAACUCGACAAGCUCGAUCGCUUCAACUGCCUGCGCGAGUGUAUUCUCGAAGGGCUGGACUGGAAUGGUAGCGAUUCGGAGAACGACAGCAGCGACGACGACGACGACGACGAUGGCGCGGGCUCGGACAAAAGCGAUGAUGAGACCGAAGAUGAAGAGGACGAUGGUAUUGCUCCCGCGGGCGAGGACGCCAACAUGAAAGCGGUACCGCUCGAGGAUUUGCAGUUAUCUGAGGUCGACCUGGCGAGGAUAGCGGCUCAGAAGGAACAAGCCGAGGUGAGACAGGACUAUGCGAUUCAGGCUCAGAGCUUUUCAGUGGUAAUUAAAUCUGACGAUAUGAUGCCGUCCUACAGAGAGAGGAGCUGCGCAAGCGUGCUCUCGCAUUCCAGGGUGUCUCGACGUCGGCGGAUCGAACGGCCGAGGAUCUCAUUUCGACACCGCAGCCGGGAGAGACGCUCGCCAAGUUCUUUGCACGGUCGAGUAAGCCCAAUUUUAUUCCUCGACGGGUACCGUUCGUUUGGAACCGCGCGCUGAUGCAUCUGAUGUGUUGCAUGUCUUUGAUAGAGGAGUAUUGGACGCGUAAGGCACACGAAAGCGUCGGCGCGGGCAACCGAGGCAAGGAGCUGCGUCGAGACGGUUUCACACUUUGCGAAGAGGCUUUCCGUAAGCCUUCAUUCCCUGAAUCUCACACGACUAGAUUGUAUAGGACUGAUCCAGUCGAUGAAUUCAUUGUCCUUGCAGAACAAUAUCAACCUUUGCUUGAGGAGUUGCAACGCAUCCAGGAGCAAGCGUGAGUUGCGCACGCCGCUCUUUUCCGACCGCGCAUUCUCUGCUGACAUACUUCACGAACUUUGGCCUUUCCUUUCUACAGUGGUCUCGAUGCCGCUGAAGCAGCAAAGGGAGCUCGAGCGGGUCUUGGAACGGAUUCUCGGAACCGUCGGUAG